AUGUCCGUACUUGAUGAUAUUUCUUACCCACUGGACAAUGUCGAUGCCAACCGAAUCGCCCCAGGGGAUAUCGACAAGACGUUCCGCUCCCACUGUAUUGACAUGAUAUCAACUGCAAUCGGUGGAAAAGUCCUCGCCUAUUCCGAUCAAUGGUUCGCCGAAGCUACCAAUCUCCUAACUCCUACGCCGCCAAUCAGGCAACCUGGCAAGAUGGUCUACACCGGAGCCUGGUACGACGGGUGGGAAACCAGGCGUCACAACCCCGAGGAAUUCGACUGGGUUGUUAUCCAGCUCGGCGUUGCCUCCGGAACCGUAGAGGGUGUUGAGGUAGACACGACUUACUUCUCCGGUAACCACGCCCCCGCCAUUUCGGUCGAGGGCUGUUUCAGCCAGGAUGACGAGGAAGUCAUCUCCUGGAAAGGCAGCAAAGGAAAGUGGGAAACCAUCCUCGGGCUUCAAACAUGCGGGCCCUCGGAAAGGUUCGCGUGGAAGCUGAACAAGCCUACAGAGAAGCAGUACACGCACGUGAGGCUGAACAUGUAUCCGGACGGCGGUAUUGCCAGGUUUCAUCUCUACGGCCACGCCAUCCCCGUGUUUCCCGAGGAUGAAAACGCCAUUAUCGAUCUUGCGGCGGCUCAGAACGGAGCCGUUGCCGUCUCAUGCAGUGAUCAGCAUUUCAGCAAGAAGGAUAACUUGCUGCUACCGGGGCGAGGGAAGGAUAUGGGUGAUGGGUGGGAAACGGCACGGUCAAGGACAAAGGGCCAUACGGAUUGGGUUAUUGUGAGGCUUGGAGCCCCGGGAUUCGUGCAAAAGGUGAUUGUUGAUACGGCGCACUUUAGGGGCAACUUCCCCCAGGCGGUCAGGAUUGAGGUCAUUAGCUGGGAGGGCGAAUCGGAACCGGGCCCGGAGGAGGAAUGGAAGACGAUUCUUCAGGAUUCAAAGUGCGGUCCUGAUAAGGAGCAUGAAUUCGAGUGCAAACAGGGCGAUGCCACGGGAGCUGUCACGCAUGUAAAGCUCGUCAUCAUCCCCGAUGGUGGGGUGAAGAGACUGAGAGUGUUGGGCAGGAGAGAGAUUAAGCCGUGA